CUGAAACCGAGAUCAGUCUGUUUGAAAACCCAAGAGUUUUUGUUUGAAUGUGGAUUCGCGCGUCGUCGCGACUUCCAUGCGCCGCAGCAAUGAGUGCGCUCGCCCGGAACAGCAUGCAAUCCUUUGGUGUGCUGGACUGUUCGGUUGGAGCAAGUGCGUUGGGAUUGGACUGUGGUACCAGCUUGGGAUGUUUCAAGCGUCAAACACUGCCGCUGUCGCGCGGGUUGUUCACGCUCCCAGCUGCGGCUCUGAGUCCGCGUGCGACACCAGCGGCGGUCGUCGAGCAGACCAAGCAGAAGAAGCAGCCGUCGCGACGGAAGGCCGACCAGCCAGCCGCUCCAGCCAAGACAAAGUCCAAGUCCAGCGCCAAGUCCAAAUCAAGCACGUUGACAGACGAUCAGGAUUCGACACCAGACGCGGAAUCACACGCGGAAGAAGAGCAAUUUGGAACAAAACAGUUCAAGCUACCUUCCAUCCGCACCUUUCAACAAGUAGGAGCCUACCGCAAGUACAUUGCCAAUAGCAUUUCCAGUGUGGUAUCUAUCGAUUGCGGCUACAAGAACCUGGCUGUUGCCCAAAUCGAUCGCGUUCCCGGCGAGAAGUCGUCCUUUCAAGUGAAGCGUUGGUUUCUCCAUCCUGUUGGAAUGGGAGACACCUACAUCCCUGUUGACCUUGCAAGUCUGAUCGUGCAAUUUGUCAAGCAGCUUCCUCCUGAUGCACCGGUGGUGAUUGAGCGACAGCGACACAUGUCAGGGGCACCUAGUCAAAUCUAUCACUUGGGCAUUAUCGAAGCAAUGAUCCACACGGCGCUCUUCACAAUGGGUCGUUCCAGCAUUUCCAUGAGUGCUCAACGUACUGCAGGUUAUUUUGAACUCGAGAAAGGGUAUGUGCAGAAGAAAAGGUCCUCGGUACGCGUGGUCAAAGACCUGAUCGCUGGGAAUUCUCCAUAUGGAAACGUGACUGUGCCCGAUCCGAUCAAAUCAGAGUUUGAAAGCCUGAAGAAGCAAGACGACUACUGCGAUGCCUUGCUGCAAGGCCUGGCGUUUUUCAAGUCCAUGGAUGAUGUUGCCGAUUUUGACGAGGCAACUCAGGCCAAGCUAGCUGCCAAACAAACGCAGCAACAAGCACGAGAAGCUAAAGCAGCAGCACGAGUAGCGGCGAAAGCGGCGAAAGCUUCUGCGAAAUCUGCAUCCUGAAACGAGGGAUCGAGCUGGUGGAGUGCGCACUUUUUCCAAAGAAAAUACAUUGAAUGCUUGGAUUAUACACAAA